AAUAAAAUGCCUUCUUCUCAGAGCCCCAAGUUUCAUUGGCUACGCUGAAGCCAGGAAACCACAGGGUGAAAUUUCUACUGAUGGAGGACUCCGAGAAGAAGCUGAACCAGAAGAGUGACGGCAAACCACGGAAAGUACGAUUUAAAAUCUCCUCCUCCUACAGUGGCAGAGUGUUGAAGCAGGUCUUUGAGGAUGGGCAGGAAUUAGAGUCGCCAAAGGAGGAAUACCCUCACAGUUUUCUCCAAGAGUCCCUUGAACCAAUGGAUGGCGUUUACGGGUCUGGGGAGGCCCCCAAGCCCCGACCAUACUCCCCUAAGCUGACUGCUCAGAGGAUCAGCGUUUUUAGAGAAGGCAAUGCCUACACUUUGGCGGGCGGCCAGUCUUUCUUCAAUGAUUACAAGGCGAAUGACCAUAAGUCCCCACCUAUUAUAGAUUUUGGAAAGAUAAUCAUCUACACGAACAACCUGAAAAUCAUCCGAACCCCAAUGGACAAGAGAGACUUCAUGAGGAAAAUGCUCCAGAAGGAAGAGGAGGCCGAGGAGGAGUCUCUGAUGAGCAAAGAAGAAAUCUGUGGAGACAGCGGCCUGAAUGAUGGGCAUUUGCCAGACACGGAAAGCACAUUCCCCCAUAACCAGUACCCACAGGAAGGGGAGCUUCCCGAGGACAACUGUUUUCACUGCCGAGGGUCGGGCAGUGCCACCUGCUCUCUGUGCCACGGCAGCAAGUUCUCCAUGCUGGCCAACAGAUUUAAGGAGUCCUAUCGGGCCCUGCGGUGCCCUGCCUGCAAUGAGAACGGCCUGCAGCCUUGCCAGAUUUGCAAUCAAUAGCCUGUGGCUUUGUAUGUCCGCUGUUAUCGCAUCCUUCCUGAAGUUACUGCUUAUAAACCCCCUCCUUCUCUUCCCUCUCCCAGCAAGGAAGCCACAGUGGCUACCACCACUUCCACCACUGGCAAAACUCAAUUACUUGAUGACAUUUCGUGAGGCUGGUAACAUCUCCAUGUGGUUCUAAGUGGCAGAGGCAUUUUCGAAUUAGAGUCGGCUUUGAAACGGGUUCUAAAAUUAUCCUUCCAGGAACGUGUGCGUGUAUCUUACUUGGCUUAGCUCGGUUUUUUCCUUACACUAGUGAGCAAAUAAAUGCACAUUACAGGCAGCAGGUUGAAGUCAUUUUCUGGUUGGGAAUUAUUUUGCACAAUUAUGCCAUGAGAAAGGGAUAAAAAAGUAAGAGUAAAAAAGGCAGGUUUCUGAUUAACUGAAUUUCUGUUGCAUAUAAUGCAUUUCAAAUCAUCAUUGGUCAGAUUUAAUUUUUAAUUAAGCAGAAGAGGAAAGGGAUGCCCGAUGCAGAAUGUACCAGCAGGCCACUGAAAACAAAGCAACAUGUAUAUGCUUCGUGCUGAAGAUGGGCAAGCUGAGGAGGCCUUUCCUUCAAAGUCCUGAGUCUCUCCUGUGUGAUGUGCUUGGGUGAUAUUCACGCAGGCAGUGAGCAGUGCUGCUUCUUAAGACCAGAUGAGAUAAGACACUCCUACAUAUGCCUCUAAACUGCUGAGGCUAUAAGCCAAGUCAGAACUACUUAGGAUAAAUUUGGUGCUUAAGUAUGUGUGUGUGACAUGACUUCUUCCAACCCCUGAAUUAUCAGCAGAUAAAUACAUGUAUUUUAAGUCUAGGAUAUAGGCACAACCUCUUCAAAAAAGACUGGAUAUUUUUAUAGUUAUCUAUUAGAAACCUCUAAAAAAAAAACCAAGGAUGAUUUUUAAGAAUUUUCAUU